AUGGCGGUAUCCAUCUCCGUUGGUUUGUUGAGCGGCGAGAAAGUUGCUGUUUUAUUGACAGAGGGUUCCUCGGUUGAUGAGUUGCGGAAGCAGGCGCAGCGCUCCUUGAGGGUCAGCAUUGCCCAGCUCAUCACUGCAUCGGGAGAAGUGCUGCAAAGACCUGCGACGCUCCAAGAAGCCUGCAUCAAAGACGGGGAUUCACUCACGGCUGUUGUGGGGCAGCCGGCCGUGGCAGCCGCGCUCAAUGCCUUUGCUGCCAUUCGGGCAGACGGCUCGGUAGUGGCAUGGGGUGGCCCCCCAAUCGACGAAGACGAAAGUGGGGACCCUGGGAAUUGUACCGCUGUUCAAAGUCAGCUGCAAAGAGUCACUCAUAUUCAGGCCGCCUACUGUGCUUUUGCUGCCCUCCGGGAGGAUGGGUCCGUUGUGACGUGGGGAGAUGACGUGGCCGGCGGGGACAGCUCCAGUGUGCAGGACCAGCUGUACGAUGUUUGCAGUCUUCAGUCUUCAAUGCAUGCGUUUGCUGCACUCAAGAAGGAUGGAUCAGUGGUCACCUGGGGCUUGGGGUUAGCAGGCGACAGCACCAGCGUCCGUGGUCAGCUGCAUGACGUGCGAGCAAUCCAGUCUGAUGAGAACCAUUUCGCUGCUCUCCGAGCGGACGGAGUUGUUGUGUAUUGGGGCGACUACGCGAACAAGGUGGGCUUCGAAGUGCUUGAUUUGCUCCGCGACGUCCUGUGGAUUCAGGGCUCGUUGGACGGUUUUGCUGCUGUCAAGGCCAAAGGGAAGCUGGUCUUCUUCGGUGUAGCCGAUCCAGACUUUGGGGAUAUCUUCCCACGUGGCGAAAAGCCCGGCGACACGCUUUCUAGCGUCCACGAAACAGGUCUUCCAGACGUCUGCCAUUUGCAGUUUUGUCGGACGUGCUGGGCUGCAGCAUCCCAGGACGGCAAGCUUGCGACUUUUGGGCCAGUUAACUCAACGUUGUCUUCGCUCGUGGCAUGCCCCGCGCCGCAUACAAUUGGAGAUGUUGUGGGUAUUCAGAGUUAUGCCCGGUAUGAUUUAGCUGCCUUUGCAGCGAUUCGCAGGGAUGGAUCCGUUGUAACGUGGGGGGAUGGUCUCGCGGGCGGCGACAGCAGUGCAGUUCAGAAUGAGCUCAAGAACGUUGUUCAAGUUCAGGCGGCAGGGUCAGCCUUUGCAGCUCUGCGGACUGAUGGUUCUGUGGUCACUUGGGGACGUUCUGACGCAGGCGACAGUCGCAGGGUGCAAGCGCAGCUGAAGAACAUCACAAGCAUACAGACAAAUGGCGCUGCCUUUGCUGCUCUUCGAGCUGACGGAUCUGUGAUCACUUGGGGUUCUAGGGUAGAAGGGGGUGACAGCAGCCUGGCGCAGGGGCUGCUUCAGGAUGUUACGUGCAUUCAAGCCAGCAACGCUGCUUUUGCUGCUAUUCGGGUCGACGGAUCAAUCGUCACUUGGGGACGAGCGUGUGCUGGUGCCUGCAGCAAACGGGUUCGGGAAGAACUCGGCAGGACAGAAGCAGACCUGGAGGUGGAAAUCUGGGCAGAGGCCCAGGUAGAAGCCCGACGUGAGGCCAAGCUAGCGCAAAGAACCAAAGCUGGGGCCAAGCCCUGCUUCGGGUUGAGGGUGGCCAAGCGUCGGAAGAGGGGCGGCUGA